CUCUACAUUCAUAUCUUCAACUCGGAUACAGCUUAGGUAUUGUUUUUUCUAAUAUUCAAUUUUAUGUCUAAUAAAUCGUAUAUGACAGGAGAGAGCAAUAUAGGGCGGUUCAUAUGGGAUAGAAUCAACCAAAAAUGGAAGAUUUACACAGAUUUUGAAGAAAAUUUGGGUGUCCUACAAAAAACAUCAAGGAAUCUAGUGACCCAAUUAGAAGAACUCGAUAGAAGUUCGAGUUGGGAGCGAAGCGAGGAAUGGGAGGAGAAAGUAGAGGCAUUGAUAGACCAAGUAGAACACAUCGAAAGAUCAAUCCAAAAAUGGAACCUUUUCAGUACUGUUGCUGUUUAUCUCUAUGGAAAGCAUGUUGUAAACAAGAUGAACGAGGCAAAACAGCUACUUGAAGAAGGGAACUACUACCUACCCAAGUUCUUCAAAUACUUGAUUCUUGGAGGAGGAGUAGCAGCAGGAUAUGCCGCAAGGGAGUUCGUUAAACAAGGCGUGAAGCCGGGGGAGCUCGGCAUCGUGUCGGAGGAGUCGGUGACGCCAUACGAACGUCCCGCGCUCAGCAAGGGAUAUCUAUUUCCGACGAAUGCCGCGAGGCUGCCGGAGUUUCAUGUUUGUGUUGGGAGUGGAGGGGAGAGAUUGGAUCCCAAAUGGUAUGAGGAGAAAGGUAUAGAAUUGAUACUCAACACAAAGAUUGUGGAAGCAUCGCUUCAUUCCAAAACUUUGAGAAGUGAAAAUGGUAUAAUUUUAAGAUUUGGAGCUUUGAUCAUUGCAACAGGUUCAAGGGUUAUAAAAUUGAGUGAUUUUGGUGUAGAAGGAGAUGAUCAAGCCAAGAAUAUUUUGUAUUUGAGAGAUGUUAAAGAUGCUGAUAAAAUUAUUGAAGAAAUGAGAGAUAAAAAAAAUGGGAAAGUUGUGGUUGUUGGAGGUGGAUACAUUGGACUUGAAGUUGGCGCAGCUUUAAAACUCAACAAUUUGAGUGUCACAAUGGUGUAUAAUGAUCCAUGGCUCAUGUCCCGGCUGUUUACGAAAGAGAUCGCCGAAUUCUACGAGCGAUACUACAUGUCGAGAGGGAUUAAUCUCAUAAACGAAACGUCGGUGAUUGAGCUCGAAGCCGAUUCGAGCGGUGAGGUAAAGAAGGUGAAGCUAAAAAAUGGGAGGGAGUUAGAAGCUGACUUUGUUGUAGUUGGGGUUGGUGCAAGACCUUCUACAAGUCUGUUCCAAGGGCAGAUUGAGAUGAGUAGAGGAGGGAUUAAGACGGAUGGGUUGUUUAAAACGAGUAUCGACGACGUGUAUGCGAUCGGGGACGUGGCUUGGUUUCCGAUGAAGAUUUAUAAUGAGAUGAGGAGAGUAGAACAUGUUGAUCAUGCAAGAAAAUCAGCUAUGAAAGCUGUGGAGGGUAUCAUGGCAAAGGGGAAGGUUGUUGAAGAAUAUGAUUAUGUACCCUACUUUUACUCGCGUGUUUUCGAUCUUUCGUGGCGGUUUUACGGAGACAACGUCGGAGAUGCAACCGUGGUGUUUGGAAAUAGAAAUCCGGGAGCGAAGAAGCCGAAGUUUGGGUGUUAUUGGAUCAAAGAUGGAAGAAUAAUGGGAGGUUUCUUAGAGGGAGGGAGUGAUGAAGAAAACAAGGCCAUUCAGAAUAUGGCAUGGCAUCAGCAUAAGGUCGAGGAUUUACAAGAAUUGAAAGCCAAAGCCGAACGAACUGUUGUACAUAAUCUUACCGACGGACGGACGGCCUAGUCCCAUCGGCGGAUAAUCGAAGCCCAUUUAUUUGGUUUCCCCGGUUGAUUCUUAUCGCCGCCCACCGAUCAAAUGGAUGACGUCGUCGGAAACAACCGUUUUCGUAAUCUGAAAGACGGCUUUCACCACCGCGACCUGCGGACCAAGAUCAUCCACUUUCUUAACGGCGUUGGCAAGUUCGCCGUGGACUCUACCAUAUUCAGCACUCUCAAGGCCGUCUCCGGUAAUAAUCAGGUGAAUAAGAUUAGGCAGGGAGGAUUAAAGGACACGCCCCAUUCACCCUCUUUAAAUGUAAAGCAACCAGAAGAGCUUAAGCUAGUGAUGGAUAAGAUGGCGGCAGAGAUGGAAGAAGCAGAGGCAAACAAGAACAAAAUGAAACUACACCAUUGUACAUCUGCAAAUAUUGUUGAUGUGUCUGUACCACUGAAGAAGUUGCCAGGGGAAGGUCCCAAAGGAUCAGCCGUAAUGCAAAACAAAAAACGGAUCUUCAUCCGUUCCCGACUGUAGACGAUAUCGAGUCCAUUGUUGUAGUAGCAUAGCAAGAAUAAUGGAUUCCUUUCUUGACAAGGUAUAUAAGUUGGUGAUAGUGUUUGAUGUUAAAAUUAGUUAAUACUUUAUCGUGUCUUUAAAGCUAUGGCAUCUAAUAUUAUCAUGGAUGGCGUUCUUAGCAAGUAGAAUACAAACCCCUCUGGUUCCCUCGUGUGUUUUAAGAUUGAUUUGGCUAAUAGCAUUCUGUUUUUGCCAGAAUCGGUA